AUGCCCUCCCCUACAGCCACUCUCACCCUUCUCUCAGCUAUCAGUUACGCAGUGGCUUUCACUCCUCUUGCUGCCAGACGCAAUCCAGAAUUUCAUCGUCGGGAUGACCCUAUAGUAUCUACCGUAUCCUACAGCUCGAGCUCCAUUAGCAAGGGCGACCUAGACACGGCCGAGGCCAACAUGCUCGACUGGUGUGCGGCAUCGAGACCGUCGACGACUAUAGGCCAGGGGGACACAUGGAAGGGUGAAUGGGGCGAUGGUGCGACCAGCGGCGACCACGAAGAGGCCAGCGGUGCUAACGUCAAGUACUGGAUCUGUGACACGGCCGAGAACGGCAAGAUUACGCUGGGUGACUGCAGCAGCGAAUUCAAGUACAAAGCAGACCAGAUGAACGCCAAGGUGGAUGCGCAGUGUGGCGCUGCCAGCGGAGGCUGGGUGGACUUUAGCGACAAUACUUCGUUUGGUCGCGAUCCAGAGGGCAAGGGCUUUCCAGAAGAUUAUGAAUGA